UGCAGGUCGUGUGAUCAUGUGAGCUGAAAAGUAAUAAAUAAAGGAAUGCUCUUCUAACUUCUAUUUGUAUAAGAAGUUAUUGUGUUACGAUCUUAUAAAGAUAAUAUUUAUUUUAAAAAUAAAACUGGUUACAAUCAUGAAAAGACUAACAAACGUUUAUCAACUUUAUAUAAUUUUGAUUUCGUUGUUCCUGUUUGUAGACAGUUUGAAACGGAUACCCCUAUAUCAUGUUGAUUCUGUUCGAAAUCAGCUUCGGAAUUUUGAAACACCUUACAAAGUUUUUCAACCAAAGCUGCAUUUGAAAGGCAAUGGACCAUUUCCAGAACCCCUCUCAAAUUACUUGGAUGCUCAAUACUAUGGGCCUAUCACUAUUGGAACUCCUCCGCAGGACUUUGAUGUGGUAUUUGAUACUGGAUCUUCCAAUCUCUGGGUUCCAUCAAAGAAAUGCAAGACAAGCAACAUUGCCUGUUUGCUUCACAAGAAGUAUGACAGUUCUAAAUCAAGCAGUUACCAGAAGAAUGGCACAGAGUUUUCCAUUGAGUAUGGAUCUGGUAGCUUGUCAGGAAUUCUUAGUACUGACGUUGUAGCCAUUGACAAUGUUGAGGUCAAAUCUCAGACUUUUGGAGAAGCCAUAUCAGAACCUGGUCUUACUUUUGUAGCAGCCAAAUUUGAUGGAAUCUUUGGCUUAGGUUUCCCAUCCAUUGCUAUAGAUGGUGUCACUCCUGUAUUUCAUAAUAUGGUUCAACAAAAACUUGUGGAAAAUCCUGUUUUUUCUUUCUAUCUUAAUAGAGACCCUGAUGUGAGCCCCGGUGGUGAAAUAAUCUUUGGAGGCUCUGAUCCCAAGUAUUAUAAAGGCAAUUUCACUUAUGUCAAUGUUGACAGGAAGGGAUAUUGGCAGUUUAGAAUGGAUUCAAUUUCCAUCCAAGACGAGAAAAGUAUUUACUGUAAUAAUGGCUGUGAAGCCAUUGCUGAUACGGGAACUUCACUGAUUGCUGGACCUACAAAAGAAAUUGCAAAGUUGAAUAAACAGAUUGGAGCUAAACCACUUGCUCAAGGAGAGUAUGCUGUUGACUGCUCUUCCAUAUCCAGCUUACCCUCUAUUACUUUUACCAUUGGUGGAAAUGACUUCACUUUAAAAGGAUUAGAUUAUAUUUUGAAGGUUUCACAGAGAGGUCAAACACUUUGCCUGAGUGGAUUUUUGGGUCUUGAUGUACCUCCACCAAUGGGACCAUUGUGGAUUUUAGGGGAUGUUUUUAUUGGACGAUUUUACACAGAGUUUGACUACGGAAAUGCCCGUGUUGGUUUUGCGGAAGCUGCUUAACACGUCAGAUAAAAGAAACAUGAAUAAGUUUGUUACCUCUUUAACAAUAUGUUAUUACAAAACUUUAAAUACAUCAAAGUAAUUAAUGUUUAAGUGUUUUUUUUUUUAUAGAAGAAAUGUGAAAUGUAGAAGAUCUUCACAAACAUAAUUGAUGUUGGCAACUACAUUGCAAAACUUAAACUUUGUUUAUUGGUAAGUUAAAAAUUUAGCUACACUGGUAGGAAUUACUGCAGUUUGAGCUCUCUAAGAUUUACUUAAGUGUUAGCUUCUAUCACAAAACUCUAAAUUGAAAAUGUAUCAGUAGUAUUAUAUCAAUUAUUUAACUCUCUUUAACAAAUAUGGUAUGGGUAUCACCAGGAAUGGGGGGUGGGGGGUGGAUGCAAACAACCACUCUUUUCAAUCUCAAUGGCAUUUUGAUGGUUAUAUAAAAUCAAAAUCUACUGCUGUAAAAUCUGUUAAAUAUGAUGUUAUAAUCUUAUAUUCAUGAUCUCUUUUGUUUCCUAAUAUGCUUCUUAAAUCUGACAUGAACCUUGCUUUGGACCAUGUACUAGACUAUUACUGACUCAUGGCUAACUUAGACCCCCCCCACACCACACACACAAAAAAACAAAACAAAUUUUGGUGAUGCUCAUGCAUAAUGUGUGCCUAGAAAUGCUUAACUUAAAUACAUAAUUUCAAAAUGCAUUUUAUCAGUUUAGUGCCAUCAUUGAAUAUUUGUUUGUUUAAAUGUAUGCACUGGACUGUUAAUAAUAUAAAAGAAAUGUGCAUGGGUGCAUUUAAUUAGUCACAGUAGGCUGCAGAUUGACUUAAUGUUUUAUAUUUUCAAACUCGGUUUGCUUUUGAUAGAUAAUAAUUCCAUGUUUUUUUAGCAUACAUAACAUAUGAUAAAUUGAAUAUUAUAAAAUUUGAUACAACAAGAUUUAAUUACCAGUUUUAAUGAGGAUUGAUGUCAUUUAAUAAUCAUGAAUAUAAGCACAUCUUUCAAGAUGCUCAGAUAUAGAUACACAAAUCAGAAAUUGAAUAAUAUAAAAAAAAAAGAGAAUAUUGAUUAUUUGGAUCUUAUUUUAUGUGUUUUAUUGAAUGAUGACUUUUUGGUAUACAAUGAUUUACACUGUAGACAUCCAAACAACAGGUUCUGUUGGGAAGGCCUUGUGAUAGGUAUUUUGAUGUAGAUAUUUAGAUUUGGCUUUAUAUUUUUAUUUUAUUUACUUAUUAUUCUUUUUACCAUAUUUACAUUGUUUGUAUAACGAACUAAUACUGAGGCAGCACUGUAUCUCAAUAAAUUUAUCAACAGUACCAAUAACUAGUUAUUUUGUUUUAACAAAUAAAGAGCUUGAAUGUGUACCCACGUAACACAACAAUUUCACAAUCUUAUUUUUUAAUAAUUUUGUUGAGGUUUAAAAUACAACCUCAAUAUGAUAAGUUGAACUUAGAUAUUUAUGUAAAUUCCUGUAAAUUAACAAUCCUGUACACUGAAUAUACAUAUUUCAUAUCACCUCACUCUUAUUGUAGCCAAGUGGUUAAUAUGUAAUACUGUGGAUUGGAGGGUCUAUGGUUCAUUGUCCACAUGCUGUCAAUAAAACAUUAUUUGUACA